GAUGCCUGCCGAUUUUCUACAAAAUAUUAUACAUAGAUCGGAAUUCCCCAAGGUGAAAACUAUACCAGCGUUUGCAGUCGGACCAAUUGAAAUUAACGUCAACGUUACACGUGUGGCAACCAAUUAAAGACGCACUUCUUCCGAUAAUUAUCUAUGAUAAUUGAGUGCAACUGUUAAAUAGCUGAGCUCAUUUGCAGUGUCUCAAAUAGCUCGUGAAUAAAGAAACAACGUUACACAAAUAAUUAGUUAAUAAGAUUUAAAUUAAAGUUCUCAAAUGCGAUAAUUUCAAAAUUUAGUAGUGUCGUAUUUGGGCAUAUAGAUAUAUAAAUACGCUAAAUAUACGCAUACAAAACAAAAACUGAGCGUCUGUCGAAGUAAAAACUAACGAUUUUCACUCGGAUUGAUAGAGUGCAACACAAAUCAUCAAAUAUGAGUAUCAGGUAAGUUCAUCUUUUCAAUUUAAAGUGUUGUACUUUGAACGAUUAAACCAAAUUAUUGGCAAAACAAUGCGAUAAUUUGUUGCAGGAGCAGCAUUUGCUUCAAGUAGGUACAAAGUUACAGGAACAGCAUUUAAAAGAGUUUGGUACAAAUAUUAAUGUUGUUGAACUUUUCGUUUCAGAAUGAGACUAUUUGAUGACGUCGCUAUGACGUGCGUUCCGGAAGAGAUUCCGAGCGAGGAACUUGUGCACGUGAUCUCGCCAUUUAGCAAGGGCAGCAACUCGGUAUCUCCAAACGGUCAGCGGACACCAAACUCUAUCGAUUUCACAUCCAACCAUUCGUUAAGAGGGAUAUCAGCUAAGCAAGUUAGGAAGAGCUUAUUUCCGGGGAAACGUGCUGCAGAUAUCGACACGAACGAUUCUUUUAUACGUGCUUACAAGAAACCCAAGGAAUCAAAAUUCAAUAUCAAUCCAAACCAACCAGAAAAUGGAAUUGAAGGGGUUCUGGCAGCAGUUGAAACUCUCGAAUUAGGUGACACAAUCGCAGACGGAUCACGUGAUUACGCAUUACCCACAAUUCCUGGUCAGCAUCGGGAUCUGAGGUCGAUAUCACCGGAAGUGAUGGCCGAUGUUGUUUGUGGACGCUACAAUGAUGUGUUAAGUGACGUCACGGUUGUCGAUUGUCGUUACCCGUAUGAGUUUGAAGGCGGUCACAUCAAAAGUGCGGUCAAUCUUUUCACUAAAGAUGACGUAAAUAAGCUUCUUCAGCAAUCUGUCAACGGAGACAAACGUCACGUGCUUAUUUUCCACUGCGAAUUCUCCUCUGAAAGGGGACCUAACAUGUACCGUUUCCUGCGCAGUCAGGACCGCGAGCUUCACAAGGACCAGUACCCCGCCCUUCUGUUCCCCGAGGUGUACCUGCUCCAUGGCGGAUACAAGGCUUUCUACAACAAGUUCAAGAAUUUGUGUGACCCGGAUUCCUACAAGCCCAUGCUGCACGAAGAUCAUUCCGCGGAUCUACGUCACUUCCGGGUAAAGUCUAAAUCUUGGACCGCGGGAGAAAAGCAGCACGUGUCUAGCAGACGACAUCGGAGUCGUCUGGGCCGGCAGCUGAGUUUUUGUGACCAAGUAACAUCGUGAGAGGAAAGAACCUGCUGUAUUUAACAGCGUGCAUUUCUUCUCAAGAGACUGACGUUCUACCCAUAGAACAAAGCUGUGUGAAUGACUUCACAACGUAACCACAUGCGAUGACGUCAGUACAGGCGCACUCCGAACGCGGAACAAUGAAAACAUCAAGGACCAAAGCAUGGACACGACCAAAGCUGUUGCAGUGUUAUUAUUUAUGAAACUGAUGGGUGAUUUACUCGAUUUAUUUCUAUAAGAAUAAAGGCUCUAAUGACCCGCAUUGUGAAAUUAUUAAUGAAAUAAAUAUUUAUGUCUGUAAAAUGUAUAAUGUUGAAGCUAUAUACGAUACAAAUACUUUA